AUGUAUCUCCUGGACGCCUCGGACCUGGGAGAGGACUCAGGUGUCUGGAACAUCAUGCACUUGUUCAUGGAGCUUAUGAGCAGAGCCCUUCUGUGGACCAGCGCCUUCCUGGCGUCAACCAAGAUGUACCCGCAGAGCUUGCAAGGAAACGUUGGCGUCCAAGUUACAUCCACUGAAUAUUUGAUUGGCCUAGGUAUAGGCGAUAUUACUGGUCCGGUGGUCGAAACCAACAUGAUGGGCUACGCUGAUCAACACCAGACGGAUACUGGGUUACAUAUGCGACAACGAAGUCGCGCGUGGAUUGUCGCUGAUUCAUCCGAGCCCUCCAAUCGCAUCGUAUUUAUCAACGCCGACAUUGGAAUGGGAGACAGUGGCGUUCGUCGCUCUAUCGUGUCCGAGCUGUCUACCCGAUUCCCUGGAUUAUACACGGACGAUAAUGUCGCUCUCGUCGCCACACAUUCGCACAGCGGUGUCGGUGGCUAUCUCGAGAACCUCUUACCCCACAUCACCUCCCUUGGCUACGUGAAACAGACCGCGGACGCUAUCGUUUCUGGAACUGUACUUGCUGUAGAACGCGCGCAUGCUAAUCUGUCGCCCGGGAAGCUCAGCUUCGGUAAUACGACCAUCCUGAACGCGAACAUCAACCGGUCGCCAAGCGCUUACCUUGCGAACCCAGCAGAAGAACGAGCUAGGUAUCAGCACGACAUCGACAAGGAUAUGACGCUACUCCGCUUCGACGACACGGAUGGAAAUGCAAGAGGAUUUCUGAGCUUCUUCCCCGUCCAUGGUACCAGCAUCUAUCAGAAUAACACUCUCGUGAGUGGUGAUAACAAGGGAAUGGCUGCGUACAUGUAUGAGGCUAUGAUGGAGCCGACUGCUAUGCCUGGUAACACUACAUUUGUAGCAGGAUUCACCCAAUCGAAUGUUGGGGACACGAGCCCGAACACUCUGGGGCCAUUAUGCGAGAGCCCAGGGAAACCCUGGGAUGGUAAACCCUGCGAAUUCCACCAUUCCACGUGUGGAAAUAGGACACAGGACUGCCGAGGACGUGGACCAGGUUUCCGGAUAUCCGAUUUUGAGUCAAACCGCAUGAUUGCACAAUAUCAAGUUGACGGCGCGAAGAGAUUGAUGGAUCAGGCCUUGUCUCCGGUUAGCGGCCCAGUGAAGUGGGUUCAUACGUAUCUGAAUAUGUCAUUCCGACCUUUCACUUUGCCAAAUGGCACCACCGUGCGAACGUGUCCUUCAGCGUUGGGCUAUUCGUUCGCCGGAGGAACAUCGGACGGCCCAGGGGCUUUUGACUUUAUUCAAGGAGAUAACUCGUCAAAUUCACGGAAUCCAUUCUGGGAACUUGUCAAAGGCGCUCUUACCCCCCUGCCCCCUCGUGAACAAAUUGAAUGCCAAUAUCCCAAGCCUAUCCUACUCAACGCUGGUUAUGCGAAGCAACCAUACGAUUGGUCGCCGAACACUGUUGAUAUGCAGAUGUUACGCGUAGGCAACUUUGUCAUGCUCAUCGUUCCUGGGGAGAUGACCACCAUGGCCGGAAGACGCAUGCGGGACUUAAUUCGCGCGAAGCUCAUCUCGUCUGGAGUGAUCGGCGAGGAUGCCUAUGUCGUCAUUGCAGGUCCUGCUAACACGUACGCUCACUAUGUGACAACUAGAGAAGAAUAUGCGGUGCAGCGUUAUGAGGGCGCAUCUACGGUGUUUGGCCCAUUUACGCUUGAAGCAUACCUCGACCAGUAUACCAACUUGGUGCCGUACCUCGCGGCUCACACCAGUUCAGCACCUUCAUCGGAUCCGGCCCCGCCAGAUCUAACGGGCAAGGUCAUCUCAAUGCAGAAACCUGUGACGAAGGACAAUCCACCUCUCUUCAAGAGUUUCGGUGAUAUCCUUGUAGACGUUAAGACCGCAGAGUCAUACCAUGCUGGUGAUACUGUAGUCGCACAAUUCGUUGGAGCAAAUCCAAGGAACAAUCUUCGCCUUGAAGGAACCUUCCUAUAUGUCGAGCGGCUUCUCGAUGGACAAUGGAGCCCUGUCCGAACAGAUUCGCAUCCAUCGACCACAUUCGAAUGGUUAAGAACUAAUACUGUGCUCGGUACCAGCACUGUGACUAUCAAAUGGGUCAUCGAAACUGGCACACCAGCUGGUACAUAUCGUCUGUCGUAUUUUGGCGACUCGAAUCCUCCUAUUGGACCCAUCAAGGCAUUCAUUGGACAAUCCUCUACCUUCACCGUCGCGUAG